UCCGCCACAGUUUAAACUGACAGUUGUGACUGUCAGGACGAGAAAUUUGGCUGUGCUACAGAUUGUACACAAAUGUAUACAAACUAUAGCUCAAAUAAGAUAAGUAGCUUAUUUUUCGUGACAGUAGCCUGCUGCUAACGUCGCUAGCUGUCGAAGUUUAAAGCUGGUAAGAGCCCAUGAGCUGUAAUGUCUCUGCCUCCGGAGAAAGCUUCCGAGCUGAAACAAAUCAUUCACAACCAUCUGCUGAAGAUGGAUAUCCACAGGAAGAUCCGAGAGGUGCUGGCUGAGUCUCUGAGGGAUGACCAGGGCCCAGCACAUCGAACUCUGUCUGAGGCAGAUUUUCUACGUGCUCUGCAGAGCAGGGGAAUUAUAGAUAAUGUGAUGAGGGACCUACGCUUUGCUCAGGAAGCACCCACAGAAGCAGGAUCUCCUCCAAAGCCUGCUACUCACUUUGUUGACAAAGAUAUUACUCAGCUCAAGAAAUCCAAUAUUGACCCUUCCAGGCGGUACCUCUAUCUGCAAGUGCUUGGAGGUAAGGCCUUUCUGGAGCACCUCCAGGAGCCGGAGCCUUUGCCUGGUCAAGUGUGCUCUACGUUCACACUCUACUUGCACUUCCGCAACCAGAGGUUUCGCUCAAAGCCAGUUCCCUGUGCCUGUGAACCCAGCCUGGAGGAGGGCUUCCUCUUAGAGGUUCAUAAAGAUGAAAUAGGAGAGGGCAGUAAAAUGGCGGAUGCGACCACCAUGCUGUCUGUGUGUGACCCGGUUCACUUUGUGCUGAUCAAGACAGACACCUCCAGUGAGACAACUCUGGUCUCAUCCUACUUUCUGGACUGGAGGACAGUCCUCAGCUCGCCGAGCGGAAAGACCUGCUUUAAUGUCGAACUGAUGGGAGUUGGAAGUGAAUGUAAAGUCCCAGCUGGUGUUUUGACAGUCAGUCUGGAGCUCUACCCUCCUCUCACAGAGACUCUAAGCCCGGACAUUGUCAGCACACAGCAAUCACUGGAGAGGCAGAGGACGGCAGAGAAGGAGAGGCUCUUCUUGGUUUAUGCCAAACAGUGGUGGAGGGAGUUCCUUGAGAUCCGACCAUCACACCAAUCCAAAAUGGUCAAGAUAUUUGCACAGGAUGAGAACGGCAUCAACAGACCAGUGUGUUCCUACGUGCGUGUCCUCCGGGCGGGCCGGCUCCUGGAGAGUCCUCGACAGGCGGCCCGCUUCGUCAGCCUGCUGGCCCACGAGAAGGCCCCCGUGGUGGGAGGAGGAGGCAAGCAGGAGCAGUGGUGCACAUUAUUGGCUUUCCUGUGCAGAGGGAAGGGGGAUUGUGAAGACCACGCCACCCUGCUGUGCAGCCUCCUGCUGGGCUUUGGCCUGGAUGCAUAUGUGUGUGUGGGCACCAAAGUCAAGGGAGUGCCACACACGUGGGUCCUGACCCGCGGUACUGAUGGGAGCAUUACCUUUUGGGAGAGCCUCACAGCACACAGAUACCUCCAUCAGGCCAUAGACCCAGAUGCCCCACCCCUGGCCCCCCAGCCCAAACCCUCGUCCCCCUACCGUACUGUGGGCUGUGUCUUCAACCAUCAGACCUUCCUGGCCAACUGCCAGCCAUCUGAUGCUGUGGAGCUUUGUGUCUUUGACUUCCAGAAUCAGUCUCGCUGGAAGGCGAUGAGCGAAGAGGCUCUGAAGUCUGUUUGUGCCCCAGGCUCGACCACCUCUUUGCCCCCUCUGCCUCCACUCUGUGCCCCUUCUCUGGAUCCUGCUGCUUCCAGCAACCAGCUGGAGCUGGAGAUGCGCUACUUGGUUUCUGAACACAGGAAGGACCUGGAGCUGGCUACAGUCUGGGAUGACCACCUGUCCUACCUGCUCUCCUCUGCCCUAUCAGCCUAUGAGCUGGAGCGCUGUAGCGGUGUGUCCUGUGGCAAUGAGGAGUUCCAGGACGCAGUGAGGAGGGCAGUGCCAGAUGGACACACCUUCAAAGGCUUCCCCAUACACUUCUUACACCGCAAUGCUCGUCGAGCCUUUGCAACGUGCCUCAGGUCUCCAUUCUGUCAGGAAAUAGUUUGUUGUCGUGGCGACCAUGUGAGGCUGGCGGUCCGUGUUCGGGUGUUUGUGUAUCCAGAGAAUGCUUGUGCAGUGUGGCUCAUGUUUGCGUGUAAAUAUCGCUCAGUACUCUAAACAACGGAGAGAUGGUCUUCAAAAACUACCAGCCUAUGAUGCAUAUAGGCCCCAGACAAUAUUUUAUAUAUUUAUAAGGACUCCACAGGUGUUUUUACCUUUGUGUGUGUGUGUGUGUGUGUGUGUGUGUGUGUGUGCGUGUGUGUGUAUUUGCAUACAAUUCAAUUGCAUUACAAUACCUGCAUCCAUGAUAAGACUAAAUUAAAAUGAAGUUGUACUCACUGAUAAAAACAUUUACACAGAUGUUUGUAGCUCGUCUCACCUCUGGUGCUCAGGCCUUUAUUUUGUAGUCCAGUAGACUCAUCAUUUGUACAGACUUUUACACUCAGAAUUGUAUUUAUAUAUCUAUUUUUUAAAAUAAA